AUGUCCUCCUCCUCCCAACCCGCCAUCCUCGUCCUGGGCGGGACAGGCACCGUCGGCAGCCGCAUAGUCAGCCAGCUCGCGGCCUCCUCCCACCCGCACCGCAUCCUCGUGGCCUCGCGGAACGGCAGCAAGAACAACGACUCAGCCAACCCCAGAGUCCAGCACGUCCCCUUCGACUGGCACGACACCGACACCUGGGACAACCUGUUCCCCACCACCACCACGGCAAACACGGCAAACCCAACGACCAACACCAACAUCACGGCCGUGUACCUAAUUGCCCCGCCGACGCUGGGCGCGGAGCAGGUCAUGAUCGACUUUGUCGAGCUGGCGCGCGGCCGCGGCGUGCGCCGGUUCGUGCUGCAGAGCGGGUCGCCCAUCGAGGCGGGCGGGCCGGCCAUGGGCCAGGUGCACGCCCAUCUGCGUGACCUGGGCCAGCGCGGGGAGGCCGAGUGGGCUUGUUUGCGGCCGACGUGGUUUCAGCAAAACUUUGCCGACCAGUCGAAUCAUGUCCAGAGUAUCAAGGAGGAGAGCAAGGUGUACUCGGCGACGGGGGAUGCCAAGCUCCCGUGGGUGUCGGCCGACGACAUCGCUGCCGUUGCGGUGCGGACGUUGACGGACAAGGUGGCGCCAAAUGGGGAGUACCUGGUUCUGGGCUCCGAGUUGCUUUCUUAUGGAGAGAUCGCAAACAUCCUGAGCGAAGUGUUAGGGAGAAAGAUUGUGCAUGUCGAUCUCUCGUCCGCAGAGCUCGAGCAGCGUUAUCAAUCCUUUGGCAUGCCCGAAGACUAUGCGAAGAUGAUGGGCGCCCUAGACACCUCCGUCAAGUUUGGUUCUGAGAACCGAACGAACGAUGUAAUUUUGGCUGUCACGGGGUCGGCGCCUAGGAAAUUUAAGGAUUUUGCCUUGUCCGUCAAGGAAGUUUGGGGGUCUGGCGGCAGGGUGUAA